CUCUCUUCUUCAAUUGCCAGACCCCAGCUGUUAUUCUACCAUAUUCUACCAAAAGCAACCAUGUUCUCUUUCUCCAGACAGUGCUCGCGGCUGGUCUCGUCAAAGACCGCCGUUCCUUUGACGUCCUAUCUCAGAUCCUCCAGGACAUUCUCCUCAACUGCUCCCGCAGCGUAUGAAAAUAUCCUGACGUCAACUCCUAAGCCAGGCGUCGGAUUGAUCACACUCAACCGCCCGAAGGCCCUCAACGCCCUCUCCAGCCCGCUCUUCAAGGAACUCAACGACGCCCUAUCCAAAUAUGAAAAUGACGAAGAAAUCGGCGCUAUCAUUAUCACGGGAAGCGAGAAGGCAUUUGCCGCCGGAGCGGACAUCAAAGAAAUGGCCCCCCUAACCUUCUCCUCCGCCUACAAAUCCAACUUCAUAGCUCCCUGGUCCUACCUCUCUAGCAACGUCCGCAAACCCGUCAUAGCAGCCGUCUCAGGCUACGCACUCGGCGGCGGCUGCGAACUCGCCCUCAUGUGCGACAUCCUCUACUGCACGGCAACCGCCACCUUUGGCCAGCCUGAGAUCAAGCUCGGGACGAUCCCCGGUGCCGGUGGAUCGCAGCGUCUCACGCGUGCCGUCGGGAAGAGCAAGGCCAUGGAACUCAUCCUGACCGGUAAGAACUUCAGUGGGAAGCAGGCUGGUGAGUGGGGGGUUGCCGCGCAGGUUAUUGAGGGCGGCAAGGAUGAGCUGUUAGCUGCUGCUGUCGAUACGGCCAGUGUCAUUGCUGGUUAUUCGAGGGUGGCUGUUUUGGGGGCUAAGGAGGUGGUUAAUAAGUCUCAGGAUCUGGGGGUUAGGGAGGGUGUUGAGUUUGAGAGGAGGGUUUUCCAUGCUAUUUUUGGGAGUCGGGAUCAGAAGAUUGGGAUGACUGCUUUCGCCGAGAAGAAGAAGCCGGAGUGGUCUAAUGAGUAGAAAACUAUUAUGCGAUAUUCUGUCUGGAUGUCUUGAGAUGUUUUCAUGUCGGUUUGCAGGUCAAUCACAUAUAUAAGUAUACACAUAUUCGUCUGUUUAAUUCUACCAGGUACGAGGGUUUCUUGUCCUGCACCAUAUCACUGCCUACAAAGCAAGUCAUAUCUACACACAACACUAUGUAUAUUGUCAGAAUCGAAGAGUUAUGUACAUUUAUUAUAGUUGUAGUGUAAUAUUAAGUCCGUAAUUCAAAAAAAAAAAAAAAAAAAGAUUCCACGCCAUAUCCAACCACGCCGUUCAUCCAUGCAUAUAUGCAAUAUAUACAUGAAAACAAGCAAAACAUAAUAAUAAAAAAAUAAAAAAAAGAGAGCUAUGAUCAUAUAUCUCAUUUAAAUCUUGUAGGGCGGAGGGUUAUCAAUAGCGCGCGCCCUUUUCCAAUUCCGAUUCAUUCAGCCCUCCCUUCUCGGGAGGGGGGAUUUGGCCCUCACUAGCGCUAUCCUCCAACACGGUGUCGUCGAAAACAUCCACCUGGGUGCUGGCGAACUUCCGAGCUGAGACUUUCUUUUCGAAGAGGACGUCCAACUCUGCAAAUGUCCGCCCCUUCGGCUCGGGGACCCGGAAGUACGCAUACACAAUACAGAGGAAGCAGCUUCCUCCCCAGAAGAAACCGGCAUAGUUACCCCAGUCCCACGCUGUGGGAUUGAGCAUGUACGGUGUCAGCACGCCGCAGACGAUUGCAGCGAUGUUGUAGAGGAUUCGGCCAAGGACAACGGUCUUGAUCUGCAGUCUGCGAGUAGAAAUCUCGGCGACAAGCGAGUAUGCAACUGUUCCGACGGUGAGUUGGUAGAAGAGAGCCCAGAUAAGCAUCAAGGAGCCCGUGGCCAUGGAUGCUUGGUCUUUAUGGGCCUUCGGAACGAGGCCCAAGAAGCCCAUGACCAUCAGCAUGGUGCAGAGGCCGCAAAGGCCGUAGAGGAACAAGGAUCUGCGACCAAUGCCAAGAGUCAUGAGGAACCAAGCGCCAAAGACCCCGACCAUAUUAAUACCGUAUUGACCCAUGGCGAAAUUGUACGAGAUGGACGAACUCAGUCCAGCUUGCUCCAAGAAGUAGGUCGAGUAGUUGGAAAAGGAGUUGCC